AGGUUAGUCAUACAAACCUCUUAAAGUCUUCUUAAGAAAACCUGUGGGAACUUCCCUCCUCCCCUAAAUCCCUUCCCCCUGUUUUGCUGGGGAGUUAAAUGUUCUUUUAAAUUUCUUUCUGGCUGAAGUUUAUCAGUUGGGUAUUUUUGAUGGUGAGGUUCAGGUUUCUAGAUGAGGAGGAUGUGUGGAAUGUGUUCUUCUCCUCCCCUCCUUUUAUGGGAGGAACUCUUUGAAGAUGUGUUAAGUUGAAGAAGUGGCAGUGUAGCUGUAGCAAUUGGAGACAGUUGUGCAGUGCAGUUUUACUCUGCACUCUCAUGCUUGGUUGCUUUGUUGUGUCAAUGUGCUUUUUUCACCCCAGCACAGUUCAUGGUUUAAUACUUUCUCCAUCACUGUCUUGGGAGACCAUAGCAACCUCAUCUUCUGCUGCUUGACCAGAUACAUGAAUUCACCAAACAAAAGGCAGAUGAAGCUACCUCAGUGGGCCAACUCCAUUAAUGAAAGCUAGAUUUAGAAAGUACCUGGAGACACUAUGUAAUCCAGCCUCCUGGCUUCACUGUGUCCAUUAUCGCCCCUGGGAAAGGUUUGUCUAACACGAUCUUAGAGAUUUACUAUGUGAGACCUGAUACCUUUGCAAGCAGUCUAAACCAUGUGCUUAUCUUCUCUUUUGAAAGGUGUUCCUGAUCUGUAAUCUGAACCUGUUUUCUUCAGUUAAGGCCUGUUUCUGAGAUAGAUGUGGAAAAAAUGCCCUUCACUGAAAGCUUGAUACACCUGGGGGAAAAAAAUUCUUAGCUGGUGUUUCAUACAGUUUCUUCAGCAUAAACAUCACUGCCUUUCAUGGACUGGAUUCUGCUUACAGGACCUUCUUGCCUUUCUCACUUCAGAUUCUUCUCCGGUCAGUUCAUCUCUUGUGAUGAGGCCAUCAGAGCAUCCAAAAAAAGCAUGUGGUACUCCCAAAUAAGUCUUGCUGUGGCAAAUUAUUUUGCAGACUGCACACGUGUGUACGUACAGCUCUGCUUGGUCCUUGACUUAUAUGUACUAAAUUGUAUUUACUUAUAUAUAUAUUAAACUGUCUGAGUCAUGUUUGGACUGUAAGCUACAGUCACUUAAGAUCUUACUUGGAAUUGUGCCCUAUCCAGAUGUUCAGCAGGCAGGUGGUUUUUUGUAGCUAACUAGUUGUGCUUAUUCAGAUCAGUGAUGAGACACCUGUGUUCCUGCUGCAGACCUGACCCUGGGCUUGCGUUGCCUUUUCCCCUUCCCCUGCCACUGGCUGAGGGAGAAUCCCACAGCUUGAACUUGGACUGCAGCUGCCUACCAAGAAAUGUUUCUAGUCAUCAGCAGCGGUGGAUUUCCUGGUGGUAAUCCUGUUUACCCAGACGCUGUGGUGGGGCAGAUCGUGGAAUGAUUGAUGUUAGAAGGGACCUGAGAGAUCAUCUCUCUCUGCUCUCCUACCAUGGGCAGGGACACCUUCCACUAGACCAGGUUGCUCCAAGCCCUGUCCUGUGUUUAGCUCUCUAAGGCAGCUCUUCUUGUGCCUAAUAGGAGGACCAGAGCCCAGCUCAGUUAACAGGCUGUAGAUCAGUUAACAGCAGGGCUGAAACCCAAAGGCUAUCUGAAAUCAGUGGGAGUUGGGUGUGUGUUUUUCCACUCUCUUAAACUGCGAUACAAUGAGCUCACACUGAGUAAAUAAUGUGCUAGGUGUAAUUCUCCAUGUGAGGAAACAGAGGGAUACUGAUUGUCUAAGGGUGGCUUGCACAAACUGAAGUUUGUAGCUCACCCUUUCCCAGCAUGUUCAGCUGAAAGUGUGUGAGGAAAUUGUGCAACUUAUUGAUUCCUAAGGGAAGCUGGAUGAGGGACAAAGAUAUAGAGCCAGGUUGUAAGCAUUUGUAAGCCUGUUAAUCUCAAUUCUUCUUAAAAAGAAUAACUCUGAAGUUAUUCCAGUUAUUCCAACCAUUCUUUUGUUGAGUUUUUUUUGUACCCCUGGGUGUAGGAUGUCAUAGACAAUUAGAAUUGAGAAAGCAAGCAGUCAAGGCUCUAGUGCCUUAGGGUUAUCUUUUCCAGGGCACUGUGACACACCUAGUGACAGCUUUUUCCAGUGCUUACAGAUUUGGGUUUUCUGUCUCCAGUCCCUUUUUUGCUCACUAUUUUGCCAAAUGUUGUGCAUCAACCUGACCACAAAUCAUUGGGACCUUUUCCCUGGGCAUAGAGAUGACCAGAAAUUAUGAAAUUCACAGUGACUUUUUAAUUAUGACAUGGGUAUUCAUAUCUCCCUGGUGUCCUCUGUAACUGUCCCUGGAAAGUUGUGGAUUGCCUUACACAAGGGUGUGUUACCUUAUCUGGGUGUCUCAUUGAUGUGUGUCAGUAAUCCUUAUGCAGGUGAGUUUUAAGACUUACAUGAGCAUAGUGCAAAAGCAUCAGUGUCCUGUGGGGCAGUAGAAUCUGCUGUAAAAGAGCUGCUGACUUGUCUCUUGACCUGUUUUAGAUUUCAGCAGAAGUUAGCUUGUAUGUCAAAGUGUUAAUAAUUCUGAUCUUAAUUUCUCUCCUCCUCUUCUGUAUUCAUUGUUAGACUCCAACACCUGGAAGGCCUAAGGAGACAUUAUGAGGAUAAAUGUGGAAUUGGAAAUUUAUAUUAAUGAAAAGAAUGUCUGAAUAACUUCUGAGUAACCAUAGUUAUAGCUUAGUAUGCCACUGUCUGCUUACAUCAAGAUCUGAAACUGCUUUGUCCUUUCAGAGGAGAAUCAAAACUAUCCCCUGGGUAUUCCCAAAUAGCUUGUUUUAACAGAUAUAUUGUGUGUGAUACAUCAGCCAUUCUCCAUAUGUAUUUUAGAAAAUCUCCUUGGAAUACCUCAAGUCCAUAUGGCUAUGUAUGAUGAAGAUAUCUUGAAAAAUCCCUUUUAUUUGGCCAUUCAGAAGCGACGCCCUGACCUGUGCAGCAAAGUUGCAGAACUCCAUGGCAUUGUGCUAGUUCCAUGCAAAGGAAGCCUUUCAAGCAACAGUCUUUCUUCCUGCCAGUUUGAAUCUUAUGUUCUGAAGCCACUAGAAGAAAACUUUGAAACCUUAAAUGGAAAGGAGAUCUUCAUACAAGGAAACCUCAUCAUUUUAGGAGCCGGUUUUAAUUCCCAUCUCUCGGUACCCGUUCUCUUUGAGGAAACAUUUUACAAUGAAAAAGAAGAAAGCUUUAGUAUACUGUGCAUAGCUCAUCCCCUGGAAAAAACAGAAAGCUCAAGUGAAUCUACAGCUUCUUCAAACUCCUAUUCUCUUAAAAAUAUCGAAGAUGUUAGAGAAUUCUUGGGAAGGCACUGUGAGAGAUUUGAUAAAUACAUAGGAUCUUUCCACAGAACAUUUAAAGAACAUGAAAGGAAAAGCCUCCGCCACUACAUAGAUUCUGUCAAUGCACUUUAUACCAAAUGUCUCCAGCAUCUUUUGAGAGAUUCGCACUUGAAGAUGCUUGCAAAGCAAGAAGAGCAGAUGAAUCUGAUCAAACAAGCAGUUGAAAUGUAUAUCCACCAUGCUAUUUAUGAUCUAGUCUUCAAAUACGUGGGGACUAUUGAGGCAAGUGAGGAUGCUGCUUUUAAUAAAAUCACCAGGAGCCUUCAAGACCUGCAGCAAAGAGACAUUGGAGUAAAACCUGAGUUCAGUUUCAAUAUCCCACGUGCAAAGCGGGAACUGGGUCAGUUGAACAAAUGUACUUCUCCUCAACAGAAGCUUCUUUGUCUGCGUAAAGUUGUACAAAUCAUUAUGCAGUCUCCUAGCCAAAGAGUUAACAUGGAAACCAUGUGUGCAGAUGAUCUUCUCUCUGUUUUGCUGUAUUUGCUUGUAAAAACAGAAAUCCCAAACUGGAUGGCCAACUUGAGCUACAUCAAGAACUUCAGGCUUUGCAGCUCAGUGAAGGAUGAGCUGGGAUACUGUCUAACCUCAGUUGAGGCUGCAAUAGAAUACAUACGACAAGGCAACCUCUCUGACAGACCCGCAGAAUCUGAGAGUCUGUGUGACAAGCUGCUUUUGAGACAAAGGAUGAACUUGUUGUCCCAGAUGUCUGCUACACCAAUAGACUGCUUGUUUAAGCAUAUUGCUUCAGGUAACCAGGAGGAAGUGGAGCGACUGCUAAGUCAAGGUGACAAUGAUAAGGACACUGUGCAGAAAAUGUGCCACCCGCUCUGUUACUGCGACAAAUGCGAGAGGCUGGUUUCUGGGAAACUGAAUGAUCCUUCCAUUAUCACUCCAUUUUCCCGGGAUGACCGGGGAUACACACCACUUCACAUAGCUGCUAUUUGUGGGCAAACAUCACUAGUAGAUUUACUGGUAGCCAAAGGAGCCAUUGUCAAUGCUACAGAUUACCAUGGUUCUACUCCACUUCACCUUGCCUGUCAGAAGGGAUAUCAAAAUGUUACACUGCUCUUAUUGCACUAUAAGGGAAGUACUGAUGUUCAGGACAAUAAUGGAAAUACUCCACUUCAUUUAGCCUGCACUUACGGUCAUGAGGAUUGUGUCAAAGCUUUAGUCUACUAUGAUGUGCAUUCCUGCCGACUAGAUAUUGGCAAUGAGAAGGGAGACACUCCUCUCCAUAUUGCUGCUCGCUGGGGCUAUCAAGGGAUCAUAGAAGUGCUUUUGCAAAAUGGGGCAAAUCCAGAAAUUCAAAACCGGAUGAAGGAGACUUCCCUACAGUGUGCAUUAAAUUCCAAGAUUUUGUCACUGAUGGAAUUAAACUAUCUAACGUUUGAAAGAGGACAAAGUGCUUCUGAGUCACCACUUAGGUCUCCUCAGCUCUCAACAGAGACUUUCAGCAGAGGAUCAUCUGUCUCAAGCCUGUCCUCAGCAUCAACCGAUAUAAGGCAAGAAGAAGUAAAAAAUAGUUACAAAGAGGUGGAAAAACUCCUGAGAGCAGUUGCUGAUGGAGAUCUGGAAAUGGUACGUUAUCUCCUGGAAUGGGUGGAAGAAGACCUGGAAGAUGAGGAUGACACAGCCAGUACCUCAAAGCCAGAAUUCUGCCAUCCAUUGUGCCAGUGCUCAAAAUGUGGGCCAGCACAAAAGAAAUUUUCAAGGGUCUCUGCCAACGGGCUGGGAGUCAACGUUUCCAACCAGGACGGUUUCACCCCGCUGCACAUGGCAGCGCUGCACGGGCGCUCCGAGCUCGUCUCGCUCCUGCUGAAACACGGGGCCAGUGUCAGUGCCAAGAACGCAAAACACGCAGCUCCUCUUCACCUGGCCUGCCAGAAAGGGCACUUCCAGGUGGUAAAAUGUCUGAUGGAUUACAAUGCUAAACAAAAUAAAAAGGAUAUAUAUGGAAAUACUCCUUUAAUUUAUGCAUGCUUGAAUGGUCACUAUGAGACUACUGCCCUGUUGAUACAGCGUGGAGCCUCUGUGAACCUUUCCAAUGCCAAGGGCAACACAGCCCUGCACGAGGCCGUGGCGGGGAGGAACGAGGCCCUGGUGGAUCUGCUCCUGCAGAGCGGGGCCCUGACGCACCUGAGGAACGACAGGAGCUGCACCCCUGCAGACUGCGCUGAGCCCAACUCAAAUAUCCUUAAGUUACUGGAAGCAGCAGCAAGCUCUGUACCCACAUCAGCAGAAGGAGAGAAGGAGAGUGAGCAGCGUGCUACUGUCAAGAUAAGGAGAAAAGUGCAUUCUAAGUCCUGUGAGAAAGCCGAUGAUCCCGUAAGCAGACAACUUCAACUGGUCCAAUCAAUUAACAGAUUUAACAAAGAGAAACAUUUACGGAGAACAAUAACAAGAGAUAAAAGUGUCCCUAAUUUUGACUAUCAGUUACUGCACCAGAUGGCUAUUAAAAGCUUUGACAAAACCAAGUUAAAGUCUGUGGGAACGCUGGCCCAGAGCACAGUUCAGGGUAUGGACACGGGAAGCAGUGGUGAGUUUGUGGAACAGGAUGACACGAUGGAAGUUCCUCACAGGAGCCAGUUAAUGCAGCGGAGACACACAGUUAACGUGCCCCUUCCAGCAGAGGAUGGCAGUGACAGUGGUUCAUCCAGCCCUGGAAGUCUGGGUGUUUCACAGUCACAAGACUGCUGUGAGGACUCCAUUUCAGAUCACUGAAUUUGAUGCCAAAAGCUGAGGAACUCGGUGGUGUGAAUUUUGGUAACCCUUCACUGUAUGUCAUCAGUGCCACGUGCAGGCCUGUGCUCGGAGCAGAGGACAGGACAGCUCUGCAGCACAAAUGAAUGUUUCAGCACUUUGAAGAAUGACUCCUGUUUAUGGUGGAGGUAACACAGCCAGAUCAUUACUGAUCUCACAGACAGGGACGUACCAAGAUGUAGACAGCAGAAUUACUUUCCUAUCCUACUUAGCACUUAACUAAAAAAUUCUAUGUAACAGGAAACCAAAUGAAACCCUGUAUUGUAUUUUUCAGCCACCCACUUUGUUUUAAAAGUCUUUGAAUAAUUUUUGCAUUUUCAGUUUUUAUCACUACACUGAGAAUAUAUUUAUAUAUAUAUGAAAAGAUAUAUUGGAUAACAAGGUAUUUAUUGCCAGAGAUAACUGAAAUGUCUCUAUUUUUAUUGUAAUGUUACAAACCGUUAUAGUAUAUAUUUCUGUAUAGUUCAGUAGCUGGGCAGACAAUAGUCCAUAACAUCUGCAGCACUGCAUUAUUAAUGUGAAGAGAUGUAAUCCCUGCUGAUUCCUUGGCAAUGCUCCCCUGUAUUGGAGCUGCAGCAUCAAGUUCUUACACAGGAGCCAAAAUACUGGGGGAAAAGUAGAGAGACCUUAACAAAGCUAAACUUUGGACUUGCUCUUCACAGCCUAAUAAAAACAAUGCAGAAGCUUGUAAGGACACACAAAACAGUUUGGUUUUUCCUUCCUCUAAAGCAAGUAAUGCCAAAAUGCACAACUGUUCAUGAUUCUGAACCUGGGCAAUGUCUGCAGACAGAACUGCUUAGGAGGCUGCUCUGGACCGCUCUUAAAAAGGUGAGAUUCCCAUAUGAAAGGUAUUUCUCACAUCAGUGAGCUUUGGUUGGAAUAUGCCAAAUCCCACCCCAUUCCCAGGGGUGAUCACUGAAAGCUCACAGGGAACUACAAGGUGGCUGCUUAGAUUUCAACUUCAUUUUCCACUGUUCAGUUACGUGUAAAUAGCACAAGCCAGGUUUGACCGUCCCAGUAUUUUUUGUUCUUGGUUCAUCACAUCCAGCUUGCAUUUUAUUUCUCUUUCCAAACUGUCUGUAUGGAUAAUUUUAUUUCUUUUAACUGUGGUAUUAGUAACCUGCCUGGCAAAGUACAAAGCUGGAAGAGAGACUGAUGGGUUUUUCAAAUAACUUUUUAAUCUAAGAGUUAAAAUGUCAAAUGACAUUUGAGUUUGAGGGCAAUGUGUUUAUUUUUCUAAUAAUUUAUGAGUUCGUAUGAUUUUCUGAUGUGCCUUGGAUUUGUGCCAAAUGAUGGAAAGCAAAAACUAGUAAAGUAACUCUUGAAAAUGCUGUUUUGAGUCCUUUUGUCCAAGCAUUUUUCUGUUGUGCAGAUUUCCUUGCUUGGUUUUUUAGGCAUUUGAAGAUUUCACCUUGUAUUGAGUUGUAAAUUAAAGGUUCUCCUGGAAUUUA